UGGUUCACCCAUACUGGGCCUUGGUGAAGCUCCUCUAAUGCACAUGUCCUCUGAAACAAGCUGUUUUACCCUUUAAUGCACAGGUGUUCAACUUCAGUCCUCGAUGGCCGGUGUCCUGAAACUUUUCCAUGUGUCCCUCUGCAGCACACCUGAAUAAAAUCAGUAGGUCAUUAGACUUUAUCGAACUUGACUGAUGCUGAGGUGGCAAUUCAUCCAUUUGAUUCAUGUUACAGCAGCUCAUGACUAAAUUAACAUGGUACAAUAAAAGUACUUUUAUUUUCUUCCAAAAACUUAUAUUUACUUACAUUUAUUUAAACUUCAGUAUGGUUAGGUGUUGCCACCUGAGCAUGUAGUCAAGUCUUGCUAAUGACCUACUAAUUUUAUUCAGGUUGUUGCAGCAGGGACAUAUUUAGAAGAAGGAAGAAGGUGGUUGGAGACUGUAUGAUCGUGUGUAGUAAACUAAUCUCAUUGUCUUGGUUGCUUCAGAGGCAGGGACCAAGUCUGCAAUCACUUGUAGUCAGUUGCUGGAUUCAAAGGUGGCAAUACAACAGCAUUAAAUGGAUUCAGUCUGCUAUCAGUGUACGAUUGAAUGUGCUCAAGUUGGCAUCCACAUGCAAUCUGUUUGUGAUAAUACGGUGGUUAUACUCAAUAAUAUAUAUAAGAUUUACUAGCAUAAAUUUACAAAUUUGUUGCCAUGUAUAUAAACAGAAGUCUAAACCAUUUAGAUUCAGAGUCCAGCUGAAAACUCAUUGAUUUGAAACAAAUUCAUCCAAAAACAGUGACGGUGUUGUUACAGGACAGGGAUUUAACUAUAUAAGCAGCUGGAAACCAGUUGAGUCCUGUUACAGAGAGGCGUGUUGCAGAUGAGUUGCGCUGAUUGGCACAGACUGACUUGUUUAGAUUGCAGUGUGUUGGCACUCUGCGUUUUUAAUUGGUCGGCAUUGUAAAUAUUCACCAAUCUGCGUGAGAGUGAUUGCAGUUAGUCCGAGUGGCCCGCAAUUGUCUGCAGACAGGUUGCCUCCCAACAGGCGACCUGUGCGGUCACUUUGUGAUUCAAAGUGGUCACUCACUGGUUGAGGGUGCUGUACGGUCAACUUCUGAUGGAAAGGUUGGUCAUCAAACUGGUGUUUACUCUGAUGAGUCUUAAGCCAGCUUUAUAUGACAACGUCAACCACUGUGAAAUGAUAAUACGUUCCCUUUAAGCAUUCACAUAUCAGAGAUGAGAUUUAUAAUUCAAAACUAAUUAACUGUUAUACACAGUGUGUACAGGUCAUAAACACAGAGAUUUAUGUAUGUGUGAAAUUUCUAAAACAGCUGAAACAAAAGUAAUAAAUUCAAGGUCCUCAUGUCAUCCAAUGUCCUUCAUGCUUUCAGCUGAUCCAGGCUUCUGCUCCUCAUGUCAAACCCACAUUCUCAAACUUUGAUACAAAUCCAUCAUCUUCAAGCAAAUGCACUGCGUUCAUAAUAAAAGUGGAAGAAAAACUAAUGAUGGGUUACUUAAAUAUUUUUGCUAGAGCCCUUGGUAGAACAAACACAUUUAAUUUAACUACACUUAUAUUUGCCUUUGAAAUAAACACAUUCAUUGCCAUGUUGUGAUAGUAAAGGCCUAAAUGUCUCUUAGAAAAUGUUUGAGAGGUUAAAAUGUAUUAGUAUGUGUAUAUUUUUAGCUCACCUGGCUGAAGGACCAAUGCACUUAAGCCACGGCAAGACUUAAGUUCAUCCAUAGUUCACAUUAAUACAGUGCUGGUCUUAUUUUAGCAAAGACCACCAUUCACUUUAGUUUUAUUACAUAGCUGCAGUUCAAAACAACAGUCGCCCCAAGGCUUUAUAUUAAAGAGACAAAGACCCUGCAAUAUUACCAAGACACUUGAACAAUCAUAUGACUCCGCCCCCUAUGAGCAAGUAGUGCUCCUCACAAUGAUGACUGCAAUUUGGGAGAAGACCUACUGAAGUCAUGGAUAUGGACAAAUCAGUUGUAGCCAAUAAAAUAGAUUUACAGAUUACACAGGGCUCUUGAAGGACUAGAAUUGUCUUAUUCUGGCAUCUGCACCUGCCACCUCACUGCUCACCGCAUCAACUUCAUUCAUAAAAUCUCACCGGCGUUGUCGUCCUGCAGUGACCCUGUGAAAAUACUCUGCUGCUCGCAAGACUUAAAAGUUUGAGUGUCUCUCAUGCGUCUGCGAUUAAUGUGCAGCGACAUCUUUAACAGCACCGUCAGCUGAAGAAGUAGGUGUGAAGUGAUUAAGACACCUGUCAGCGUCAUCAGUUGUUUUUUUCUUACAAACGAUGUGACUGCACUGACAGGGAAACAUUAAACAUUUAAACCAGCUGCAACCUGCAGGAGAGCACAACGCUUAAAGUAAAAGGUAAGAUAUCCCUCUUCUUAGUUAUAUAUAAUAUUUUAAUUUUCUUAAAUGUGAAAAAAUUAAGUAAAUUAAACUUUUACUUUCUAAGUCUACCUUUUACUAUUUAUGAGCAAAAUAAAAUUUGUUUAUAACACAAUGCAGCAUAAUAAAUCAUAAAGCUAAUAAAGCACAGACAGAAAACGUAACUAUUGUCAUUCAGUAGUAGUUAGUAUAGUGAGGUGUUAGUACAAUACAACAGCUCACAAUUGUGUGUACAGGAGAAGUUUACUUGCUAAAAAUACACGGGCAAUUUCUUAUAUAACAAAUCUUAGAGAUUUAUUAUAGUGUGUUUACAUUAGUAACAUGUAAGAAAGUCAGAAUGCUAUAAAUUGAAGUAAAAUACAACACUAUUAAUGAAAAUAUGCUACAAAUACUGUUAUUAUAAAUACAUUUUAACUGUAUAAUGUACACAAACCGCAACUUACUGGUGUCCAUCUGUAAAUUUACUUGAAGGUAGUGGCUGUAAUUUAAUUUAAAGUAAAUUUACUGUAAUAAAAAUGACAGAAAAUGUAAUUUACUGUAAAGUUACUGCAAACAUUUUACUGUAAAUUACUGGCAUCUAGAUGCCGAUGAGGUGCUUUAAAAUGUGUUUACAGUGAGUUUACAUCUAAACACAGAGAAAUAGAUCUGUGCUGGAUGACUGUAAUUAAACGUAUACUUCUCAGAAAAACAUUUUUUUCCCCUCUUGUUCUGUUGCAGAGUUCAACAAUGUCUCUACUAGUCACGCUGCUUUUGCUGUCGCUGGUUUCUCAGUGUUGGACUGCUCCACAGAGGAGAAACUGGACUUCUCAGGCGAUCCUAUACCUGAAAGGAGCACAGGGACGCCGCUCAUUUUUGGAGCGUGCCAGAAGAGAGGAAGAAAGCACUUUUCACUCAGGGACUCACAGGCAGAACAGCGAUGGCCGAGGCUCUUCUUUGCUUUUAUCCAUUUUACUGGAACUCCUACAGCGAGCUGUAGAAGAAGAUGCAGGCAAUCCAGAUAAUCACCUGGACUAUCAGGAGGUGAAUAGAACCCACUUGUGAACAUUCAUCAGAGCCCAGUUCUAUGUUUUUCUGUUUCUUAUGUUGCUUGUUACAUUUUAUUGUUAUUGUUGAUGUUUGUCUGCGUGUCGCAAAUUUGACUUAACUUAUAAUAAAAUGCGCAAAAUAAAUGAAAAUGUCCGUCUGCAAGAUGUUAGAGUCUGAUUUAUGCGUGAGUUUCUCUUCAUUUGACUGUCAUCAUGUGCAGUUUGGUGGUGUGACACAUGGAUGGAUUUCCAUUUACACUCAUCCUUGUCAACUUAUUAAAACAAUUACGCCAGUCACUCAUUCACACCAUGAAGUGAUUAACACCAGGAUGACAAACUAUCAGUCACUCAUCAUCGCGCCGUCUUCACAGCGGUCACUGAGAGAGCCGUGUCGGAGGUAGACGAUCGGGAUCAGAC